GGCGCCAUUAAGCGAACGUCUGCAUAGUGAAACAGUGCUGUAACAUUAUAAUCUAAUAUCUCAGUGUAACGAUCAAAUUUAAGUGAAAACAUGCCCACAGCCGUAACCUUUGAGCAAAUUAAUUCCCUCACACAUACGCGGAUUAAUAGAUAUGCCGUUUGUGUGCCUUUAGCUCGCACUGAACUGUUCGACGCCAUCUUGGAGAGCCACGUGACAAUGUUUUGUUCAAAUAAUUAAGGUGGGAUUGCAAUCUCGUUUCACUAGUAUCUCUGCCGUUGUUCACAGCAGUGCGGAAAUAAAAAGCUAACUCGGCGAAACACAGCAACAACAGCGACCAAAUUACUAAUUUUAAUGUUUGGAAAAUUUACCUUUCCAGACAUUGUGAAGCAAAGAUUCCUCCCUAGGAUACUAUAUAUCUUCGUCCGGGGAGUGCAAGCUAACUGCUGCAAUGUCGAAUUGUGUUGCGUUCCAUACACAGAUCGCUUCCAUCAUGGAGGUGCUAGCGAACGCGGCCGUGGCAGAGAUCUGCAAACUUGUGGACGAUGGAUAUGCGGUUUUACGCUUGGAAAUGUCCCAAAGCCAGAAAGAGAACAAAGCCUUAAAGAGGAAACUGCAGAUGCUGGAGCUCCGGAUCGCCCGGGGAUGUACAGAGAGGAACUCCGUAAAUUCUCGCCCUCUUGGAGUUCAGUGUUUCGAAAAAACCAGAAGAACAGUUACCGGGCCUUCAGCCACACAGAGGAGAGAUGGGGAAAUUAUGGUUGUGGAUGAAGACCACGCACCAACGCAGGCUGUCGUUGAGAGAGACGAGUGUGCAGACGUGGAGGAGGAAAUGACUGAAUCUCUUCUGAUAAAGGAGGAGAGAUCCGAAGAGGACAGAGACCCCCAGAGAGCGAUGAACUCCAGGGAGGAGAGAGCGGUGGAGUGGAGGGCAGGCAGCAGGGAAAAACGUCCCGUUGAGGAAACGCAGAAUAAAGCAGCGAAUCACACAGAGGAGCUCACUGAGCAGCACAGGACCAGACGCGCUGUUUGGGAGUGCACAGACAUGGAGGAGGGAGGGACUGAAGCGCUUCUCAUAAAGGAGGAGGGGCCGGAGGAGAGCCUCCGGAGGCGAAACCCACGGACGGGGCGGAGGAACGCAGAGGGCGGCGCCUUUCCUACUGGAAGAGCUUCAGGAGCUGUGGAGCGGGGAGGCGCUGUCGGGGGAAGAGUUCCCGCCCUGAACCAGCAGACAGCGCCGGAGCGCCCCCUGGAGGACCUCACUGAGCACAGCGCCCCGAGCAGCCUUUGGGAGUGUGCAGACAUGGAGGAGGGAAGGGCUGAAUCGCUUCUGAUAAAGGAGGAGAAGCUGGAAGAGGACCGAGACCCACAGAGAGAGAUGAACACCAGACAGGAGAGAUUGGUGGACUCAGGCUCUGACGGUUUGGGACAGGCUCCGCCCCUGAUGCACAGAGAGACCAGGCCCUGCGUUUGGGAGGUCAGUGGACUGGAGUCUCCUCUUAAGGGAGAGACAGAGAGAGCAGAGACGCUUCAGCACACAGGAUGUGAACAGAGCGCAGGAAGACUUCACACUUCCUGUCCUGAGUACUUAAUGUGUGAGAGAACUAGUCAACUGAGGACUCUGUGUACACAGGGGGCUGGUGAAACAGAGGCUGAUGUUCCCUCCUGCUCUUAUGCUACAGAAAGCAGCUCUGAGAGCCUGUCCAUUCACUCAGGGCUGCAGUCACUUCCUCCCACAGGGAAAGGUGCUGCCAGUGGUCUGUCAUUGGGGUCUCUAGAUCUUAAGCCAGAGGCUGUAAUGAUAGACUCUGCAUCGACUGAAGAGGAGGCUGAGAUGCACUCCGCAUGGACUGAAGAAGCAAUUUCCAGAAAUAUUGUAUCGCAGCACAGAUAUCACAGAGGAGAGAGGGAGAGAAUGGAAGCGAUCCCAGGAAGUGUUGACGUGUGUCCCCCAUUUGCCCAAAUAUCGGUGAGAGACGGCACUGACGCGGCACACAUGCUGGUGUCUGAUGUGAACGCUCGCGUGCCCUUCCAUGAUGAAGUAUCACCGCCGAGGGGCAUCGGUACGCACAGAGCGGGCAGGCGGGAGAAACUGUUCAUUUGUACAUACUGCGGGAAGGCUUUCAAUCGUCCGAAAAAGGUUGAGAUACACCAGAGAGUUCACACCGGGGAGAAACCAUACAGAUGCACCAUUUGUGGGCGGUGUUUUGCUGAGGCAGGCAAUCUCAAAAAGCAUCUGAGGGUCCACACGGGAGAGAAGCCGUUCAGGUGUACGUCCUGUGGGAGAAUGUUUGCCUCCAUACAGAACCUCAGAACGCACGAGCAGAGAGACCAUCCUGACGUGCUUAGCGGGAGAUGAGGCUCUUCCGUUAGGACUGAUGAGGGGAGGGAAACUUGCACACCUGUAGACUGUUCGUUCUGUGCGACCUUUGCAGCACGUAUGCAUAAUUCUGUUUUUACACGUUUAAUUGCAUUUUAUUAACAUCACCUGAUUCCAAAUCUGCCCUUCCAUUGUCAAACCGACACGUCUAUGGAAAUGUGUUUCUCAGGGUCGAGUAAGCCGUGUCUAUGACAACCGUGUUCCGAAAUAAACAUACGUCACAUGCAAAAUUCAGCGUAUGUGUGUCAUGUGAAAGCCGCGGUCACCUGCAUGAUUAAUUGUAUUAUUGUGAUUGUGUUAUUUAUAGCAUGUCUUUAGGACGCUACAUGGAAUAAAAACUGAUUUAAACGGUCA